AAUCCAUCCCUGACUUCAAAACUUUGUUUCGAUUCUGCCCAGGUAAUUGUGACGUUAAAUUCCCAUCCUUGAAGCGAUUGAGUAUAAUAAACUGCCCAGAAUUGAGGGGAUUCAUGGUUAAAUCUAGGAGCACAAAUGAAGCAGAUGACACACGGCCCUUCUUCAAUGAACAAGUUAAAUUUCCCAGCUUGGAAAGCUUGACUCUCUCCGAUUUGAAAAACUUACAAAUCAUAUGGCACAACCGACUAUCUCCAGAUUCCUUUUGCAAACUCAAAGAGUUAGAUGUUAGAUGUUGUGACAAUUUAAUGACAAUUUUUACAAAAGAUACGCUGGGAAGUUUCCUUAAGUCCAUAGAGAAGUUAGCAAUCUUGAAUUGUGCUUCAGUAGAAGAGUUGUUUAAGGUGGGAGAGAUCAUAAACCUUAAAGAAUCAGUACAGACCCAGCUGAGAAAUUUGUCGAUUGAUGAUCUACCAAGUUUGAAGCAUGUGUGGGAUAAGGAUCCCGAAGGAAUUCUAACUUUUCAUAGUCUGGAAGCGGUGAUUGUUUCGAGAUGUUGGAGUAUCAAAAACGUGUUUCCAGCUUCAGUAGCUAGAAGCCUUAAACAACUCCAAAAGCUAAAACUAGAUAAUUGCGGAGUGGAUGAAAUCGUUGCAAUGGGACGUGAAGAAACAGAUGGGGUGGUUAAGUUUGUGUUUCCUCAACUGUCUGACCUCAAACUUAUGCGGUUGCGAAGACUAAGAUAUUUUUACCCAGGAAAACACACAACGCUUUGGCCAAAGUUAAAAAAGUUGGAUGUUUUUUACUGUAAUCGUGCUGAUGAAAUGGAGAUAAGAUAUGGGGAGGGUGGACCCGAUUUCCCCAUUGGGCAGCCAUUUCUCUACAUGGAAGAGGUAUGAGUCACUUAUUACUUUUAGUUUUCGGAUUAAUAAUACUUAUUUUAAAAUAAAAAGGUAUUGUGCUU